AAAAAAAGAUAUAACAGCUAUUCAGAAAAAACUUGGUAUUAACAAUAAUAUAAAUCAAAUAGCAGUGUCAGAGAGUAAGAAAGCAAAAGAACUUGCUGAUUCAUAUGAAUUGCUGUUAGAAUUGGUGAGAGAUUUAAUACCUAUACAGAUGAAACUUG